UACGAGUCCCGACCCCUGGGAUCCUUAGCUAUUGCAGCUGCCGCCACUGCUAUGGGUACCAUAAAGGGAAGCCCUGGAUCCUUAAGUUCGAAGGCAGUCUUCCCGCGGAUUGCUGCUAGAUAACCCAGCUUUGGAUUUUAGACUUGAUUAUUUUCCUUGAGCCCUCCAGAUCCAGACAACAUGGCUUCAGUCGGAGAUAUCUCCAAAGCGUUCCUAGUCCUCAUUUCACUGCUCUGUAUGCUGCCUGUUGUUGAAGCUGUAGAAGCGGGAGAUGGCAUAGCCCUUCUGCUGGGCAUGUUUCUCAGCCUCACAGGCAUCUUUGCCUGUUUGGGGAUAUAUGCCAGGAAGAGGAAUGGACAGAUGUGACUUUGGGGGGAGGGUCUCCUGAGUCAAACAUAGAUAUGUGCAAAUCUCUCUCUGUGUUUGAGAUUUAAAACUGAGAAAUCAGUUUCUUAAAAAUCAAGGUCCAGUUAGCAAGCAAACGGUUAUUUUCUAUUCCUUGGAAGAUGUUGCCUUAAAAUGUAAAAGCUACUUUAUGUAAAAAUGGAAGGAGGGGUCACUUUAUUCAUUUUGAGUAUAAAGCCUAAUGGUUCACCAACCUGAAAAUGGUCCAAGAACUUGUAAAGGUUUAUGGGAAGGGGUGGAGGGUGCUGUCAAAGAAAUAAGAUGACUAUAAUUUAUCCUAAAUGAUGUUCUAUGGCUUCUGGAGUAAUAAAAGAUAUAGGACAAAGAAA